AUGAACCAUUUUUGGAUUCUCGGUUUCAUUGCACUUACUGUGCCAUUUGUAGCAGCCAGUAACCAGAUAUGCCAAGAUAUAUCAAACAAUACCUGUGCUGUAAUUUCAUUUGCAAAAGAUGGAAACACAGGACCACAGGGUGAAAAAGGCGAGAGAGGACCAAUUGGACUGCAAGGCCCUCUAGGACCUCCAGGAAUUCCUGGACCACCAGGACUAAAAGGAGAACAGGGAUCACCAGGUCCAAAGGGGGAUACAGGUGACAGUGGUGCUUCAGCUCUUGAAGCACUGAAACUUAAAGUAGCCUCAAUGGAACAACAACUUCGAUCUGUUCAGGACAAGUUAGAGGUUCAGAAGAAAGCCCUGGUCUUCUCUAAAGGAGCAAGCAGUGGUGACAAAAUCUAUAUUACAAAUGGCAAGGAAGCAAAUUACAAUGACGGAAAAGCAAUUUGCUCUUCAGCUGGAGGACAGCUUGCUUCACCAACGAAUGCAGAAGAGAACCAAGCUGUACUAUCCUUGGAUUUACUCAAUAAUAAGUCUGCAUUUCUUGGUAUUAAUGACAUUCAGACUGAGGGAACUUUUAGAUACCCAAAUGGAGUGAUAAUCCGCUUCUCUAACUGGUAUACUGGUGAACCCAAUGAUACAAGUGGGAAUGAGGAUUGUGUAGAAAUGUAUAGUUCAGGAUUAUGGAAUGAUAGGAGUUGUGCAGAAAUACGACUUGUCAUUUGUGAAUUUUAUUAA